CUACCACAGAAAACAACAGCAAUGAGUAAAGCAACAACACCGCAAUACACCUAUAUACCACCACCAACAGCACCGCCAUCCUAUCAGGAGGCUGUGGGUGGUGUUAAGCCUGUGGGACCAUUUACUCCCGUUCCCAUCCCCGUGGUGACAACCAGAAACGAUGACAUUGUUACCACAGUAGUGCCCAUAGGACGCACCGCCACGCACAUGAUCUGUCCCUCGUGUCAUGCUGAAAUUGAGACAACUACUCGCACAACGCCCAGUAUGAUGGCAUAUAUAUCCGGUUGUCUUUUGGCAUUAUGCGGAUGUUUUCUGGGCUGCUGCCUGAUACCCUGUUGCAUUGACGGUUGCAUGGAAGUGCAUCACACUUGUCCCAAUUGUAAAUCUUACUUGGGCCGUAAUAGACGCUAA